CGUAGGGUUAGUUAAGCUCAGAGAUGAGCUGGAUCCACACUCGAAGGAGAGUCCCACUCUCAAUUUUUUAAAGUAAAAAAAAUUAUUAUAUCGGAAGAAUAUUAUACACUCAAGUCUCGGAAAAAUGAUCUAUUUGAAGCACACAACUCUGUCUUCUUCAACCUUGGGCUCUAUAUAAAUUUUCUCUCUCUCUCUCUCUCUCUUUCUCUCUCUCUGUGAAAAAAAAAACCUUGAUUUCUGGGUUCUGCGUUCAAGUUCUUGCGAUUUCCUGAACUGGGUAUGGUUCUUCCCGUGGAAGAAGCGAUUUGAUGUGGAUUUUCUUCAUGUAGAUGCGUAAGGGCACGUGGGUUUUGGUUGUGGCUUGAAGAGAUGAAUCCUGGAGGUCAAGGGGCCAAAUUGAUGGCGAUGCCUAGCUCGAGCGUUUCUUGGAAGUCCGGCGAUGGGGUUUCCGACCAGUUUCCGGUGGGUCUCCGGGUGCUCGUCGUUGAUGACGACUCCACUUGUCUCAUGAUCUUGGACAAGAUGCUUAGGAACUGCCUCUAUGAAGUGACGAAAUGCAAUCGAGCUGAGAUUGCAUUGUCUCUAUUACGGGAGAACAAAAAUGGAUUCGAUAUUGUUAUAAGUGAUGUCCACAUGCCCGACAUGGAUGGAUUCAAAUUGCUCGAGCAAAUUGGGCUGGAGAUGGACCUGCCCGUUAUCAUGAUGUCUGCGGAUGAAAGCAAAAAUGUCGUGAUGAAAGGCGUUACUCACGGUGCUUGUGAUUACCUGAUUAAACCGGUUCGCAUUGAAGCGCUGAAGAACAUAUGGCAGCAUGUGGUGAGGAAGAGGAAGAAUGACUGGAAGGAUUUUGAGCAAUCUGGAAGUGUGGAAGAAGUAGAUCGGCAACAAAAGCCAUCAGAAGAGGCAGAUUUAUCAUCAUCGGCAAAUGAAGGGAGCUGGAGAAACACGAAGAGGAGGAAGGAUGAGGAAGAUGAAGCUGAGGAGAGGGAAGAUACAUCCACACUGAAGAAGCCACGGGUGGUUUGGUCAGUGGAGCUCCACCAACAGUUUGUUGCAGCCGUAAAUCAACUUGGCAUUGACAAGGCCGUGCCGAAGAAAAUUCUGGAGUUGAUGAAUGUUCCUGGUCUAACUAGGGAAAAUGUUGCCAGCCAUCUUCAGAAAUAUCGCCUAUACCUUAGAAGGGUAAGUGGAGUAGCACAGCACCAGAGUGGACUCAAUAGCUCUUUUUUGGCGCCCCAAGAAGCAGCUUUUGGUUCAAUAUCUUCACUUAACGGGAUUGAUCUUCAAGCUCUCGCUGCAGCUGGUCAACUCCCGGCACAGAGCCUUGCGACACUCCAAGCAGCAGGGCUAGGUAGGUCCACUGCCAAGUCCGGCAUAUCCUUGCCCCUUAUUGAUCAAAGGAACCUCUUCAGUUUUGAAGCUCCAAAGGUAAGAUUUGGAGAGGGCCAGCAGCCGCAUCUGGGAAAUAAUAAUAAGCCGAUUAAUUUACUCCACGGGAUCCCAACUACCAUGGAGCCGAAUCAACUUGCCAAUUUGCACCAGUCGGCACAGUCCUUCCGGGGCAUGAAUAAGCAAGUUAGUACCCACGGAAGCCAGAGUAGCUCUUUGCUGGUGCCAAUGGCUCAGCCCCACUCAAGACCCCAGCUAUUGAAUGACACUAAUGGCAAUAAUCUUUCGCGGGUUCCAUCGGCCAUGGUACAGCCUACUCUGUCUAGUGGGAUCCCAAGUGGGGUUUUGGCAAGAAAUGGAUUGAUUGACAAUGCCAGAGGAGCUUUAUACAGUUCAGCUUCUCAAGCCCCUUCAAUGGUAGAUUUCACAAUAAACCAAAAUACAGACUUGCCGGGGAAUAGUUUUCCGCUUGUGAAUAAUUCUGGUAUGUCUGCUAUCACAUCGAAAGGGAUGCUCCAAGAAGACAUUAGCAACGAAAUGAAAGGAUCAAGAGGAUUUGCUCCUGGUUAUGAUAUUUUCAGCGAGCUGAACCAACCCAAGUCCCAAGAUUGGGAGUUCCAGAGUGUUGGCUUGACUUUUGACGCUUCCCAACCCGGGAACAUACAAGGCGGCCUGAAUGUCGCCCCAUCAGUUAUGGUCCACCAGGGGUUCCCUUCUAGCCAGAACAGCUUACCCAACAGAAGUUCUUCUAUUGGCAAAGUAAUGUUCUCAUCUGGCGAAGAUAUUGGGCACGUGAAUCCCCCAAACAUCGGUCAACAACUCGAUACACUUCUUGCUGACAAUGCAUCGAGGGUUAAGGCUGAAAGAGCGGAAGCAAGCGGCCAGAAUACACUAUUUUCUGAACCGUUUGGUCAGGAGGACCUCAUUGCACUGUUCAAGCAGCCGCAAGAAGUCAUUGGAUCGGGUCCAAACGAGUUUGGAUUUGACGGUUAUCAUUUGGAUAAUCUUCCCGUGUAGCGGAGGAGGAGGAGGGGGGGGGGGGGGGGGGGGGGGGGGUGU